AGAAGAAGAAGAAUUCUGACAGCUGCAUAGAAAAUUCGACAUCAAAUUGAAUUAUCAUCACAAUUUAUUUAUUCUGUGUUUAUUGUAUAAUUUAUCCAGUGAUUAACAAUGGAAGAGAUCUUAAAUGAAAUUGUCCCACCUGAGGAAUUGGAGAAAUUCGAGAAGAAGUACCAGCAGGAAUUGGAGGAGCAGAAUGUAACACACAAGACACAAUUUGAGUAUGCCUGGUGCCUGGUGCGGAGCAACUAUGGGGCAGACAUCAAGAAGGGAAUCAUCUUGUUGGAGGAUCUGGCUACGAGACAUCCGGAGGGGAAGAGGGACUACAUCUACUACCUCGCCACGGGGCAUACGCGUAUCCGGGAGUACACAGUUGCCCUAAAGUACGUCCGGAGUUUCCUGCAGAUUGAACCAAAUAACCAGCAAGUCAUCACAUUGGAGCAGAUUAUCAAGAAGAAGAUGGAACGGGAUGGAAUGAUUGGUGUUGCCGUGGCCGGAGGGGCUGCCCUGGUUAUCGGGGGGAUCCUCGGGCUGGGAUUCGCCAUGGCAAAGAAAUGAUACGCACCAAAAAUUCCACCAAAGAAGUGAUAGAAGCUAAUUUUUUCCUGCAAAAGUCUUACCCCGAAUCGAAUGAUAAGAAUGAUAAGAAAUAUAAUGUAAAAUGUAUUAGAGAGAGAAAAAGGAUUUUUCAAUGUUA